UGAUGAUAUGGUGUGCACGGUAGGUUAGUUGACUGCGGGACCGAGCGAGCGCUGAGCUGACAGUAGGCCGGCGACGUCACAGUGGGCCGGUUGAGCCUUCCUUCGUUCGAUUCCGGCAGGCUCUCUCUAUUCAUUUUACAUGUAGCAAGGUAAAUAUCAGUCGACAACACGCAAAGUGUCGUUCUUCUUUUCUUUUUUUUUUUUUUUUGCGUUUUGCCAACAGUGUCAGUGCGUGUCACAUGUUUCUCGUGCUUCCCAACAUCAGUGAUUAUUUAUUCUCGAUUUUCAAAAUCGAGCUUUGUGAGUUCUCUUCGCACCAAAAAAAAUUCUAUAUAAGUCCUACGUAUACUUGAGGAUAAUAAGUUCCGGGUUUUUAUACCCUUGCGCGUUAUCAUCAUUCGAGCAUCAAAAAUAUAAAAAAAGAAAUUUUUUAAAUUAGAAAAAAAAUUUUUUUUUUUGGAUUACCUGCCAGAAUAAAAAUAUAUAACUACGAACGAGUUUUAAUUUUUGUGUAUAAAAAUUCGUUUAAAAAAAAAAAAUGCACACGGGAUUAAAUAUUUAAAUUUUAACAAAAAAUAGAGAAAAAAAAUCUGUCAAACGAGGAUGAAUUUGGAAUUGAGGAAAAAAGCAAACAGAACCAAAGGGGAAUUAAAAUUUUUUUUUCGAUAUUUGAGGAAAAAUAAAUUUUUUUAGAACGUACACACAAGUCAUCUGUAACGCUUCUCAAGUUGGCUGUUAAUUAACGCACACCUAAUCAUCUCGACACCUAUAUACCCAUGUCGUCAAGAGCAAUUGACUUCCGCAUUUUUUUCUCAAAAAAAAAAAAAAAAAAAAAAAAAAAAAACUAGAAACAAUUAUUCUGGAAACUAUUUUUUGGAAAAAUUUCUUUCUUUUUUAAAAAAGAAACUUUUUUCACCGAUGUCAUGAAUAUUCAAAGGAUAUUUAUCCAAUUACCAUCAUAGUAAAUCGAAGCUAAACAUAUUCUCUAAUUAGAGAGAGAGGAGAGAGAAAAAAAGGCAAUAGUGUGAAAAGAUCAAAAGUGAAAAUUAAAAUCUACGAGAAAAUAAUUUCUAAUUAUAAAUGUAUAAUCAAAUAGUUAAAAGUUCGAUAAAACUAUUAUUAAUUUCGAUAUUAAUAAUAUGAAUGUUAUUAAUAUUAAUGCCAUUAAUAUUAGUGUGAGAAAAAGAUAAUUAAGUGAAUAUAAAACAAUUUAUCGAAAAGUGAAAAAUUAUUAAUGACAAAAGAAACGUGAGAAAUUUUUAGUAUCGCAAUUUAAAUAUUUAAAUAAAAAUUAAAAAUAACUAAAAUAAAAAAAAUCAUUCAAUAAAGAUAUAUUUAUUAGGUACAGUGAUAAGUAUGGUUAAAAAAAUGGAUAUAAUGAUUAGUUGAAAAAAAUAAAUAAUUAGCGAAAUUUUAAAUGUAAAUUAUAAAAAAUAGUGUCAAAAAAAAGGAAACAAAAAUUGAAUUACUUAACUAAAAGAUAAAUAACUGUAAAAACUAAAACAUACGGGAAUUUGUAAUUUAAUAUGUUAAAAAAACAAUGUGCCAAGUAUAGAAAAAAAUUACAUUAAAUACUUAUUUAAAUCUUGUUAGAAUUGUUAAAAUAAACAUUCAUUUUAAAAUACAGUUUUACAUUAUAAAAUUCAAAAAUAUUACAAUUUAAAAAAAAUUUAACAAACAAUAAUAAUUACAACUAUUAUAAAAUAAUUUAAACAAAAUAAACGUAAUUUCGAAAAUCAAACACGUGUUCGCUCUUAAAUUAUUAAUUACUACCUGUUAUUGAAGUAAUAAAAAAUUAAUAGAAUAAAAAAUUCAAAAAAUCACAGAUACCAAAAAAGUGAAAAUAAACUUUUUAAAAUUAUAAAAAAGUUAACUGACAUAUAUAAAGUUUACACAUAUAAACCAUUUGAGAAAAGAAAUUCAAAUUGAAAAAAGGAAAAUUAUAAGAAAUUUAAUGAGAAAUUUUCAUUGAAUAAAUUAAAAAAAAAAAAAAUAAUGAAAAAAUAAUUAGAAAAAAAAGGAAAAUUUUUGUGAAAAAAAAUCAAGUCAAAAUGUUUUUGAAUGACUUGGGGAUAUAUGAGGCUGUCGGGGAGAAAAGAGUGAUUCUGUGCGAGGCCGACGUCGAAAUAAAAUAUUUUUGAGAAUGCGCCGUCGCCGCCAAAGCAACGGAGAGAGAAACGCGUCCGUCGUCCUACACCUUGACAUGCAAAAAUCUAUGACGGACGUGAUGUGUGAGCUUAUAGCGAAUGAAUAUAUAUGUAUAUAAAUAUAUAUAUAUAUAUAUAUAUAAAGAAGUUUAUAAAAUGCAAUUUUCGUGAAAAUUUCUCGAAAAACAAAAUUUCGCGCCCUCGUGUGUGCGACCUUGCACACGCUUCGAGUUUCUGGCACGCGCGCGAGUUAUCAUCGUGUAUUUUGCCUCUGCGACAAACACGCGCUAAUAGUGACGUACACGAAUUGCCGGGAUCCUGCAGCGUGCGUGACACCCAAGUACUAAUUCCCCAACGCUUAAAUUGUAUUAAUCAAAACAAACAGCCAGACUAGGCAGCAUGCCACUUUCAGCAUCCCAAACGUGAAAAGCAAUCCACAGGGUUGCGGGCAGUUCAGACAUGGGAAGUGAGCAUUACUGCCUGAGGUGGAACAAUCAUCAGAGCAACUUGCUGGGUGUGUUCAGUCAGCUACUAGAGACGGAAUCGCUGGUGGACGUAACGCUGGCGUGCACGGAGGGACCUUCUAUCCGUGCGCACAAGGUCGUCCUCUCCGCGUGCUCCAGCUACUUCCAAGCCUUGUUCCUUGACCACCCGAAUCGCCACCCCAUUGUCAUCCUCAAGGACGUCCGCUUCUCCGAGCUGCGUACCCUAGUUGACUUCAUGUACAAGGGAGAAGUGAACGUUGAAUAUUGUCAAUUGUCAGCCCUUCUCAAGACCGCUGAAAGCCUCAAGGUCAAGGGUUUAGCAGACAUGACAAAUAUUAAUGCGGCAGUCGCGUCGAGGGAGGAACAACAACAACAACAGCAUCAGCAACACAAUACAAGUUCGGAGACAAUUCGGGAGCGUGAACAUCGUGAUAGAGGGGACAAGGAUAAGGAACGAGAAAGAGAACCGGCAAAAGAAUGUGAACAACCUCAACAAAUACCACGUGCACCCAGUGAACCUAACGAGGCUGUUGACAUGACUGAAUGUCCAGCAUCGCCAACGGGUGGUCCUGCGAGUCCCUGUCCUGGUCCAUUGGCACUCGAUCGACCAAGGAGAGAUUCCGAGGACGCAACUAGUUUAGAAGAAACGAGAGGUUCUAUUAGUCCAAUUUCUGUACACAGUGGCCCUAGUGACAUGAGUCUCAGUAAUAAUAACAGCAGUGCACCUGGAGGUGGAGGAGGAGGAGGAGGUGCGCCACCCUUAAAUCUACCACAAAGUCGGCUUCCGUCCCCGCACAGUACAGAGCCAUUAGCUGGACCUUCGGGAUUACCCCCAGUGCAACAAGUUCCGCUUUCAUUAAAAAAGGAAGUGGACUGGGAUCGAUCGACAGAUGAACGCAGUGCGAGUAGUGAAAUAUCGACGGACUAUAGGAUUCCCCCAGAUCCGGUUUCACUUGCUUUGGGCUUGGAUGCAAGCAGUUGGAACGCUUUGAUAGAACGUACAGCAUCAGGAAUUGCUGGAAUCGCAGGUUUUGCUCAAAGAUGUGGAGUAUGUCUCGCAGCAUUUCCCGAUGCCCUUCUUCUACAGAGGCAUGCAAUUCUUAAACAUCCAUGUCCACCUGGAGAUGACAAGCCAUUUACAUGCGAGCAGUGUGGUCAACGUUACCGCUAUCGAUCAGCUUACGUCAAGCAUCGUGAGCAAAAUCAUCGCGCUCGACUUCCUGCCGAUAAGCUUUUCACAUGUGAAGUUUGCGGCAUGCAAUUCAGGUAUCUUAAGUCCUUUAAGAAACACAGGUUAAAUCAUCACCUAGAGCGCCUUCAACGAACGCCCGAAUCCCAAGGAGCAUUGGCCGCCGAUAGAAGUGAUCAAGUCUCAAGUACUGGUGAACCAUUCCAAAUGGAAAUUGGAGGUGAUCUAAGUCCCGUUGAUGUCGAGGAUUGUUCAGGUGAGAAUUCCGAGAAUACAUGUAAGGAGGAAAAUAUUUCCGAAACAACAAGUUUACAAGGUAAUGCAGAAACAGCUGAUACAAUGAUUGGUAUUAAUGAAACAAUAAAAACAGAAAAUGGUAAUAUUCACGAUGAUAUUCGACCAAAAAAUAUGAUGAAUUUAUCAAGGACACGCGAACCAGAUCGAAAGGAUAAACGAUUUGCUUGUCUCUAUUGUGGUAAAUGUGUGAGAUCUAAGGAAAAUUUAAAAUUACACAUUAGAAAGCACACUGGCGAAAAACCCUUCCAAUGUCUUUUUUGCCUCAGGGCAUUUGGUGGUAAAAGUGACCUCACUCGACAUCUACGAAUUCACACUGGUGAAAAACCUUAUGCAUGCGAAGUCUGCGGAAAAAGAUUCGCCCGUGCGGAUUAUCUUUCCAAGCAUCUUACAACCCAUCUCCAUCAACGCUGAUAUAAACAAAAAUCCGACUAGCUCCUUCCUUCCACUUCAUGCCAAAGCACCGGAUCUUUUCGCUUGGGCCACAUUAUUAGCAUUAAAAAAAAAGAAAAUGCUUUCCUCAAAGCCUCUCAGCUCGGAUGUACUGUUCCUUGAAAAAAAAGCGCAAAGAUCAAUAACAGCAGAGGGAAAUUAAUUUUAAAAUUUAUCCACAGGGAGGAAAAAGGAAAUUUUUUAAUUUCUUAGAAAAUUACUUCCAAAAGUCUCUAAAAAUAAUUUCUAAACAGAUUUACAAAAAUACAAGUUCCUAAAAGUUAAAUAAUUUUCAAACUGUCACAAAGACAUUACAGAUAUAUUCGACAUGAAGGAUAAAAUUUGAAUCCGCUAAAAGAUAAAAAGCAUUCUAAAAAGAGAAAGUAACAAAAGGCAUAAAAUGCCAACGAAAUCAUAAAAAUGAUAAUUUAAGUGAAAAUAAUUACUUUUUCCAGAAUGUGCACUAGUAUUUAUCGUUAAAUACUUCUAAUGCUUUCUAUGCUCCAAACCCAUAAUUGUGAACAAUAAAAAGACUAAUAGAACCAUUAGGUUAUUCACAAUUGGAUUCAACAGAUAGUGCAUUAUCCAUGUCGUGUCAUUGCAUAAUAAAUGUGACAUAAAUGUUUUAGUUUCUGCAAACAUUAUUUAGUAAUGCUCACCAUAAAAUUAUUUUAAAUAAAAUUUCCAUUGUAUCUUUUGGAAGUUUCUAAUCUCUAAAUUCUUCAGAAGCAAAAUUUAAUUUCAAACUUUAAAAAUUCGUCAUCUUUUUUCCUCCCAUGAUAAAUAUUAAAAAUUCUUUGUCAAUUGAAGAAAAAAAUAAUCCACAGCCCAAGCUUUGGCAUCAAUUGGAAAGUUUGAGAUAGACGCGGAAAACAAUAAGUAAUACCUAAGAGAGAAGAAAACGGAAUCGUAUCCAUCCAGCCAACGGCCCAACAAGACGCGUCAAUUACGAAUUAAGUAAGUGAUUAAAAAAAAAAAGAAGAAGAAAGAGCAAACCCACACAAAAUGUCGUGUGUCCUCCGACUUUUGUUCCUAGCGGCAAAGGCCAGGAGCCUCUAAACGUAGGCAUCAGAAAAAGAUUUCUAUGUACAUACAUAUAAUAUAUGCUAGUGAGAAUAAUUUGUGAUAAGGAUUUAAUUAAACCAAAGAACACGACGACGCGGCUAAACAAGACGAUGAUGGUUAUAAACUCUAUUUCCUCUCCUUAUAUUGUAUAAUGAUCAAAUACAAUAUUAGUUUCUCUCUUUUUUAUUUUUUGUCGUUGUUGUUAUAUCGGUCUUCUUCUUCUUCAUCAUCUUCUUCUUCUUCUUCUUCGUGUAACGAAUAUCUCGAAGAGUGAUAUGUAUAUGUUAUUCUACCUAUCCUAUAAUAAGUACUUGUAUAUUAUAAUCGAGUGUAACUCGUAGUUUCUCCCAACGAAAGAUCCGAUCUAAUAAUUGGAAGUAAAAAAGAAAAAAAAAUUGGAUCGGUAGCGAUUUUAGACAUAAGGACGAGGUCGUGGACAAAAAAAUAACCGCGACAUGUGCACUAAAACGGAAGUACAUAUAAAAUUAGGUCUUCCAAAAUUCUCCGUUUUACUUAUAUGUAUGUUGUAAAAAAAAAACAAAGCAAUGCUUUACACUAUUGACACUAGUCAAACUUUUGUGUCAUCUAAAUCUGAAUGAGAAUCGAAAUAUAUAGUUUCAAUUACUGUACUUCCGGAAAAUGUGCCGGUGCCUUUUAAUUCCAAAUCAAUCCCCCUUCUAUCAAUAAAUUCAUUUUUCUUCAAUAUUCGUCUUCAAAGUAGAUUAUUGUAAUUCGCUUUAUCUAAUAUAUAGAUUCGUCGUCAAAAGUCGCAAAAAAUACGUCUUUAACUGCACGGUCUAUAAAAUCCUUUAUUCCUUUAUUGUUGUCCGUUGUAAUAUAAUAAAAUUGCCGCUAAACGCUCAAACAAUUUUAAAAAGUACCAACUAUUUUUUUUUCCUAUUUUUUCGGUUAUAAAAUGUCUUUCAAUUCUUUUACAGAUUUUUUUUCCGGUUUAUACUCCGGAAUGCAUUAUGUCCUUAAAUGUAAAUUAAUAUUCUUUCCGUAACGAUAUCAGAUUAUCGAUAGAGUAAACUUUUACCAUUUACCAAAAAGAAAAUUCUUAGAAAAAAAAAAUAGUUGGUGCCUUUUAAAAAUAAAGUCCAACGCGUUUUCAAAAAAAAAAAGCGGCAAAAAAAUUGAAUCACGAAGGUGCUACCUAAUGAUUAGGGUCACUCGCGAGAUGCCGGUCAGUUCUUGGGGUUGCAAAAUGAAAAGCAGUGCCAAAGAAAAAAAACGAAAAAAAAAAAAAAAAAAUAGUAACGGUUUCAAUUUGCGAACAAGUGGAAUGAAAUUAUUUUCCUCCACUAUACAUAAAGACUGACCUGGCUUUGCGAAUGAUCACACUUUAAACUAAUUAAACGUCCUAUGGUCUUAAGAUUGUAAGAGAAAACUUUUUUAUCCUCGCUUCGCAGGAUAUAUAGCUACAUCCGCUAAAUUAUAACAAAAAAACUGACGAAUCGAGAAAGGAGAAAUUCAAUAAUCUUAAAGCAGAUACUAAAAAAUCAUUUACAAUUUUUUCUGAUCAUUUGAAAUAUAAAUUCGAAACAAAAUUUUAUGAAUCAGAAUUUAAGCGAACAAUUUUGUUGAUUGAAAUUUUACUAAGAAAAUUGAAGAUUUCAGAAUUCUACAAAUGGAAGGUCUUAAAAAAGUUCAAUUUCUCCAUUUUCUUUUCGUCGAUUUUUGUUCAUUAUUCGUCCCUAGUAAUAAAAGAAGUAAAAAAAAAAUAAAAAUAAAAGCAGCAACGAAACAAUCGCGACAAUGCGACGAACGAGAAACUCAAAACGUCCGUCGUUUAGUCGUUUCUUGAGGCAAAAUAAGAGACGAUUCCCUGGCGCCUGGAGUCUGACAUUUUCGAUCAUUAAUUCAACUUAACGUCACUAUACAUAGCUGCACACCGCAUCCUUUUCUCCAUUUUCCCUCUUUUGUCAAGAAAACUCAGCACACACACACACAAGCUAUACCUUUUCCUGCUGCACCCAAAUAAAAUCGCCACUAUAAACUUGUGACAGGAUAUUUCUCAUGCGGUAAUAAUAAUUACAGAAUGAAGAAUAACCUACUUCCUCCCGAUCGAUAUUAUUUUCAGUGUGCAGCACGAAAGGAUAAUAUAUAUAAUCUUUAUCUUCUAAGGAAAAAAACAAAAAAAAAACUAUGAUUAAAGACCUUUUUGAAAUAUAUAUAUAUAUAUAUAUAUAUAUAUAUACAUCUGAGGAAAUCCCUUUGCUUCAGGAUAAGAAUAAGAUCUCUUCAAUCUUAACAAUAUUAUAUAAAAGUAAUAAUUCUUUCGUAAAAAAAAACCAGAAAUUAAAAAAAAUAAUUUUCAGAUAAAAUUGUGAGAAAAAAACACUUCUGCCUUUUUGUAACGCAGUUUUUUUCACGCAAGAUUAAAAAAAAAAUGAUAAAGUACAAAAAACUAAACGCACAAAAAGACAUUUUUGUACAUGAUCGCAGAAUACGGGUGCUUUUCUAUUUUUAGCAAUAAAUAAUAAUUGAUAUAUAAAACAAGAAUAAUUCGACUAGAUAUAUGUAUAUACUAUAGAAAACAAUUUAUUUUCCCUGAAGCAAUGAGAUUUGAACAGAUGUUUUUUAAUCGAAUAAAAUCUCGACUGAUGCUGAUCAAAAAAUGAAAAAAAAAUGAGUAAAGGCAAUUUAUUCCAACCACUGGUUACAAAAAAAAAAAAAAAAAAAAAAAUCUGUUGACGGAGAUGAGUCUGCGAGUGAUUGUAUAUAUGUGUGAAUAUCAAAAUCAGAACCAAAGUCAUUGUGAAAAAAAAAAAUUUUUUUUCUUUGUCAGUGUACUCUAUAUAAACGGGUAAAUCCACUCUCGACAUUACUCUAUUAACAAGUGACAAUCCAAUUGCGUUAAUUGCAACAAACGCACAAACGGUUCCUUUCUCUUUUAAUCAAUUGUCAAAUCGUUAAUUCAUUAUUCAAUUUCAAGUAUUAUACUUUAAACACUUUACUGCUUAUUAAUUUAACAUUUGUCUAUAGGCAAAUGCAAAGAAUUUUUAAAAAGUUAAAAAAAAAAUUAAAUUAAUUAAAAUCUCUAUUAAAAUAUAAACACGGAGAAAAAUAGAAAAACGUAUAAAGUAACUUUUACUAUACUUUAAAAGUAAAACCGGAACUGUUCGCAAUUUUUGGGCAUUUUUUGGCAAUUUUUACUCAAGAAAUAGUAAAAUUUACUUAUAGAAUAGUAAAAAUUAUUCCGGAAAUAGUAAAUUUUACAAUUUCUAAAGUAAAAAUUGCCAGAAAUGCACAGAAACUGCGGACAGUUUCAUUUUUACUUUUAAAGUAUAGUAAAAGUUACUUUAUUCGUUUUUCCAUUUUUCUUCGUGUAGAUUCUUUAAAAAUUAUAAUAAAAAAUAAUUCCUCCUCUUUUUUCUAUAAUUUUUUUUUUCUUAAUUUUUAAUUAAUUUCAUUAUUUAUAAAAUCAAUUAUUCAUUAAAAUUAUCAAUAAAAAUUAACAUAAAAUUAUUUCAAAAAAAUAGAUAUAAAAUUUGCUUACAAUUAGUAAAAAACAAUUUUAUAUAUUCUUUAUAGACAAAAGAAAAACGGAAAUUCACAUUAGAUGAUUAUAUCUUUUGCCUGUCUUGUGUGGAUUGCGUGAUACCCAAUCGUCUUUCAAAAUAAAAUUAGCGAGUAUUGAAUCACGGUUUAGGAAUUAAUUUGAAGAUUGCUCAAUUCACUUUGCUUUCCUAUAGGGAAAACGCAGUUUUGCAAUUUUACCCUAUAUAUAUAUUAUCACGGUGGAGAAAUAAAGUCAUUGUUUUAGUAUAUAUAUAUAUUUGUAUAAAUUUCAAAGUAUAUGUGCCUUUUAUGGCGAAACUUGUCAACGAUUUAACAUACAACGAGUAUUCAACUUUUUACAAUAAAAAAAAACAAAAAUAAUUACAAUGAAAAAAUUUAAAUUCUAUAUUGUACGAGAAAAAAGAGACCAAAACCGCAACGAUUUGAUAUUUUUUUUUACAAUCACUCAAUGACUUAUUCCUCAAUAAUUUCAGUACCUGAUUAAAAAAAAAAGCCAAACGAUUUCAACUAUUAGGAAUUAUUUACAAAUUUACAAACUCAAGGAAAAAUUAGAAAUAUUUGAAAAGGAAUUAGGUAUUUUUUGAAUUUAUCUUAAAUUAUCUUAUUGUAAUAAUGAACUUGGACGAAUUAAACUAUAAUUACGAAUUAUGAAUUGAUUAUAAAAUAUACAAUUAAUAUUCACAACAAAAUGAACGAUCCAGGCGCCAUGGAAUUUAUGGGCAUUUUAAAUAAUUAGCUGAUUAUACAACACCAAAUAAGUUGUAUAUAUAAAUAAAGAUAAUAUAUACAAACGAGAAAAAUUCUAAUAUAUAUAAAUAUUAUAUUAAGAAAAAAAAUUAUCUAUUACUGAAAGCAUUAACUCUUUAAUAUUUUUUUUAUAAUUAAAUAACAUUAUAAUGUAAUUUGAUUUCACUUUGACGUCAAAUUCACAGUUUUAAAUUUGUAUCUAAAUUCAGUUUACAACUUAUUUUUUUCAUUAGAUUUUCUUUAAUUUAAUAAAAUUUUUACCUUUUAACCUCUAAAUUUAAAUUAGUGAAGAUAUCAUAACUAAUUUGAAUUAAUCUAUUAAAUUAAAAUUUAAUUUAAAAUUUAAUUAAAUUAAAUUUUAAUUUCUUUCAAUAAUUUUUCAUAAAAUACUGAAUGGAUUGAGUUAAUAUUUUGUGAAGAUGUCUAAAAUAUAAUGAAGCAUGUCUGUUAUGUGCGAAAAUUGUAAUAUUUGUUGAAUUAAAUAUUAUAAAAUAUUUGGAAAUUGUUUAAAAAAAUUUUGAAAUUAGAAAUGACGUUCCUUCGGAUUUUUUUUAAUGAUUUCAAAGUAUUUAUUGAAUUAAUUAUUAUAAAAUACGUUUUAAAUCGUUAGAAAAUCCGAAGAGACGUCACUUCUAACCUCAAAAUUUUUUUAAACAAUUUCCAAGCAUUUUAUAAUACUUAAUUCAACAAAUAUUACAAUUUUCGCACAUAGCAGACGUUCCUCAUCAUAUUUGAGACUUCUUUACUAAAUAUUAACCCAUGACUGCGGUCCAAAAAAAUGACUUUUGACGUUAAAAAUUGUUAAAAAAAAUAAUUUGUUUAAACAAAUUGUUAUAAACAAAUUAACAAAAUUGAUGUAUUUUCAAAAACUAACAACGCCAUUCAAUUCUACGGAAAAAAUUGCUAAAGGAACGUGUAAUCAUACGUCGUUAGUUUUGAAAAAUAUAUCAAUUUUUGUUAAUUUGUUUAGAACAAUUCUUUUAAACAAAUUAUUUUUUACCAAUUUUUAACAUCAAAAUUAAUGAUUUGGAUCAUUUUUAAAUAUCUAACCUUUACUUUAUGAUAUAAAUAAAAAAAUUUCUAACAAAGUUAUUAUCACUAGAAGUGAGUUUAGAUUAAAUUUAGACAAAUAAAAAUAAUACCUUCUCAUUAUGAUGAGACUGUAAAAAUUGAAUUUGACUUUAGAGUGAAUUUUAAUUUUACCUCAAAGUGGAAUCAAAUUACUCAAACGACAGAUAUUAUGUAUUUAUACAAAUAAAAUAUUCCAUUAAUAUUAUAUUUUUACACCCGCAGAGAAAUGAUAUAUUUGUCUCACAGCCUAAUAAAUAUUUAUUUGAUUUAAAUAAAUUUUUAUUACAAUUCAAAUAACAAAAUUUAUUUACGCCAAAUAAAUAAGCUAUAGUAUGCUGUGAAACAAAUAAACGUUUAUUUAACUCAAAUAUAUUAUAUUUGGUUCAAAUAAAACAUUUCUCUGAGUGUACAAUACCGAAAGAAAAAAAAUUCACCUAAACUAUUUGUCAAUUAAAUUAAUGAUAUUAAAUUAAUUUUGUUAGUUAAUAUUUCUCUUUUUCCAAAAAAACAAAAAAAAAAAUUAACGUUUUCAGUAAUAGAAAAAAUUUUGUGAACAAUGACGAUGACGGGGAUAACUUUAUUACAUAUAAAGAUAUAUUUAAUGAAUGUUCCUAUAUUUAUACUAUAAGUACAUAAUAAGUGUAUUGAAUUAAUAUUCGAUGGUGAUUUCAAGUUUUUACGACAAGAAAAAAAAAUUGAGUGUCUCUCUAGAUAAUAGCCGACGUGAUGUUAGUAUGUAAAAGCGCAAGUGAUGAGUGAAAGUUGUUUAAGAAAAAAAAAAAAAAAAAAAAAAAAACAAGUGGAAUCCUAGAUAUGUGUAUAGGUAAACUAUAUAUAGAAGAAAUAGAGGGGAAAAAAUAUUUCUUUUUUCUCCCUUUUUGAAAAAAAAGCGGUUGGCGCGUAAAAAAACGGGGCAUAGGGCGAAGCGAGGGUCUUCCUAUACUGACUGAACGAUCAGAUGUGAUAUACGCGUAAGAAAUAAUUAAUUGAUAAAUAUUUACUGUAAUCGUAUAUAUAUAAAUAUAAAUAUAAAUAUAUAAAUGUAAUUAAUAUAAUUAGUAUGGUUACGAUAUACAAACAUUAUAUCUAUAUAUUGUGUAUAGGUAGAUAGGUACAUAUACAAUGUUUUUAACCAGUUUAUCGAUGUUCCGAGGAUCUAGCUAUUACACUAAUAAGUGGUUUUACUCGUGAUAUUCUCACAUUUCGCGUUUAGAAAUUUUUAAUAGCCAAUGAUCUUUCAAAUCACGUUAAAUAAAAUUGUUUUCAACAUUUCAAAAAUUAUCCAAAAAAUUGAAAACAAAUAAUUCAAAAUAAUUGAAAAAUUUCAAAAAUGAAUUUCAUUUUUAAAAUUAAAAAUAAAAAAACGUCCAUGACUUAUUGUCAAAAUGAAAAACGUGUUCGGUAGAUCGUUGGAUAUUAUGGAAUAUUUCGAGUUGAUUGUAAAGAGUGGUUGAUUAUUAUUAAUAAUAAUAAUAAUAAAUUAAUUUAAACAAAAAAAAAUUGUUCUUCAGAAAAGAAAACUCAAUGUCCAAAAUGACAAAAAAAAACAAAAAAAAAAUAUGGCGAUUUAGGCGCUCCGUGCAAUAACAAUUUGCUCAAUCCUCAGCGUCCGUCGGUCCGUCCUUCCGUACGGAACGGCUAAUAUAUUAGAAUGACAGAUCUUAGGCAAUUAUAGUAGAAAAUAUAUAGCGAAUCUUUAAUAUAAAAUAUGACUUUAAACGUAGCUGAACGAACUUUUCUCUCUAUUUUCAUUCUCCUCCAGUCUCGGUGUCUUCGAUGUCUACUAUUCUAAAGAAAGAUAAAAAAAAAAAUAAAAUAAAAUAAAAAAAGUUUAAUAUUCCCCGUGUCUGUGUAUAGCGGAGUCGAUUCUCUUACGCAGCGCGGUUGCAAAAUGUGUGUACCACCAUUGAAAAUGUUGCACCAGCCACGCUUCGUAAAAUUUAACGAAUGAAAGUUUUUCUUCUGAAAAUACAUAUAGCUUUCUCCACCUCCCCACCCCUACCCUCAAAGGACAAGCGACAAAAACACUAAAAAAAAAAAAAACAAACUUUCCUUUCUUCCAACAAUGCUCGGUUGAGACUAUCAUACCUAAGAAUUUUUGCAAAUUUUUUUUUUCCUUUUUUUAUAUCAUUAAAAAAAAUUCCAUUAUUUUUAUAGAAAAUAGUUUUUUUUUUUUUGCAUCAAGCCAGAGAAUUAAAUAAAACAAAUGACUGAAGUCGAUUAAUGAAAUAUAUUAAUUACCGACUAUAAUUGAAGGAAACUAUUUUUAUCAUUUAGAAAAAAAAACCAAUUAAAGAAAAGCUAAUAUUUUUUUAAAAUAUUAUUAAAACACAUAAAUAACCAUUAGCUAUCUCAGAUAAAUAUUAAUUUUUCUAUACUGGGAUCACUUGCCAUAAAUUUUAUAAAUAAAAACUAACAUUUAAAUCUUGAUUUCAAGAUAUUUUCUCUCCUUAAAAUGAAAAAAAAAAAAAAAAAACCGAAAUACAAUAUUUAAAAAACAUUUUUAUGAUUACCUCAGAAAUAGAAAUAGAAAUUAUCAUAAGAAACAAUCGAAUAUUUGUCACUUUUUAUCCAACGUGUAUUUUGUAUAAAAGUUUAUGAUAGUCUAGACCUUGCUAUAUAGGUUUGAUAAGCCCAACAAAACAAAAAAAAAAAAAUAGAAAAAUAGAAACGACCACUAAAUUUACGUUUCAUAUGACCAAAAUAGUUAAAAGAAAAAAGAAAAAACCAAAGUGCAAAUACUCUAUGAUAUAAUAAUGGCACUCGUGUCUUCCGCAAAUAAUCUUCAACAGUAAAAAAUCAUCGUCGUUUGUUUCUUUUCCUAAUAUUUUCGAAAGUCAAAAAAGGGAGAAUUUUUUUUUAAGAUGUUAAAAUUAUUAAAAUAACUUAAUAAUAUAAUUUUACUUAUUAUUAUUGUUAAAAUUAUGAGAAUAUAAUUUUUUUUUUAAUAAUUAGCAGAAAUUAUAAAUUAAUUAGUUUUAGUCAUUCACAGUGCCACCAAAAAAACAAAUUUUUUUUAAUUUUAUUUUUUCAUAUCUAUUUGUAGAAUUUUUAGAUAUGGAUGCGGGUGUUUACGGUAUUUCAAAAUAUUGUCGACUUUGACAUUUUUGAUUUCACUAAAAUUGUUUUAUCUUUUUUUGUACUUUUACGAAGAAAAUUUGAAUUUUUUUAAUCAAGUCAUUUACGAGAUAUGAAGUUUUUAAAAUUUCGAAUUUUUAAAAAUGAAAAAAAAUUUACUUGAAACAACCAAAGGUUUCACUAGAAUAAUAAAUGAUUUAACUGAAGCAAUAAAAACUUUUGCUAUUCCAAUGAAACUUUUCGCUAUUCCAAGUGAUUUUUUUUUAUUAUUUAUUUAUUCAGGGUAUCUAACAAGGAUUGACAAAAAAAAUUCCCUGAUUUUUCCCUGACAUUUUUUGAUUUUUCCCUGACUUUUUAAUAACCUUAAUUCUGCUUUCUUUAGACAAAAAUAUGGUUACUGACAUAUUUAACAAUAAAUUAAUUUCUAAUGGUAGUAACAAAUGGUAAUAAUAAACAUUAAUGUUUUUUUUAGAUUAAAAAAUUUUUAAAUUCACAAAAAAUUUUAAUUUUUGUAGAAAUUUACAGAAAUGUCUCUGUCUUUGAAUGAAAUUUUCUGAAAUUCCCUGGCUUUUCCCUAACAUUUCCCUGACCAACAAAAUUCCCUGACUUUUCCCUGACCGCUAGACACCCUGUUAUUUUAUUCCUCAAAAAAUUUUUUUGAAAUUCUUAUAAUCUCGUCUCAAGUCCCGUAUGGGAGCAACAAAUUUUUUUAAUUUUUUAAUGCUUUCGAAAAUUAAAAUUUUUUUUCAAAACUACCUCUGACAGGAUUGCUGCUACAAUUUCUCUCGAACAAAAUUCCAUGAUUUUUCCAAGUUUUCCAGAAAAUAAUAUGAUAUUUUUCUAUACUCCAUAAAACUAUGAUUUAUUUUUUAAAAAAAGUUAUUAAAUGUACAAAAUUCAGUAAAGUUUAUUAUUAUAAUAAAUAUUUUUUAAAAAUUAAUUUUUUGAUUUCUCAACAAAAUUUUAGCUUAAUCUAUAUUAAGUUUUUUUGCGAAAAAAUCUGCGGAGAAUAUUUUCAUCUAAAACCACAAGAAUCACAUGACCUUAAUGAAUUUUAUGACUUAAUUUUUUUUCAAAUGUUUUAUACUUUUUCCCUGACUUUUCCAGGUUUUCCAGGUUUCGAGAAAGCGUAGAGCAACCCUGUCUAAUUUUAUAUCCUAUUCUAUUUUAAAAGUUUUUUUUUGAGUAAAAAUUUCCGAAACGUGCCAUCUAAAACUGAAAAAAUUUAUUUUUUGUUAAAAUGUUAUUUUUCUUAUAGUACUUUAUUUGCACAAUCACCCCUUAAAACGAUUUUAUAAAAAGAAAUUUUUUGUUACUAAAAAUUAGAUAUUUUUAACUCUUUUUUUUAAAAAAAAUUAAUUACAAAGAAAUUUAUCGAUCGAUUUUAAUGAUCAAAAUUAUUAAAUAAUUAUGAAAUAAACUCUGCGAAAGACUAAAACUACAGUUAUAACUUAUCAUUUCCAAAAAAUGUUCCAUUGUAAAAAAUAAAAAAUGAUAAUGUUUACAAUAUUAAUAUUAAAAAUUAAUUUUUAAUUUAAAAAAAAUACUAAAUUAAUAUUGAUUUAAAGGAAGAGAAACAACGACGACAAAAUUUUUGCAAUCACUCUGCUAUAAUGUGAAGAAAAGAAAAAUAGAAAAAAAUUUGUGGCCGUACUAUCAUUGUUUAUCGUACCUAUAUUAGAUAUAUUUACACGUAUAUAUAGCAUAUGUUACGAGUCAGAUUGUAACGUACGAAUAUACAUUGGGUGAAUUUACAAAAAAAAAAAGAAAGAAAGAAAGAAAAAAAAAGCAAUUUCCCUUUGUAUAUAUCGUAAUACAAACGUGACCUGGAUGUUAGAGAUAUUUUUCAACUUGUAUUAAAUGUGAUAAUUGAUGAAUUGACAAUGAGCAAUCUAAUUGUAAUAUAUGAAUAAUAUUAAAUAUAAAUAUAUAUUAUAAAUAUAUAAAUAUAUAUAAAUAUAUAUUAUAUACAUAAAUGUCAAUGUUUAUCGUACAAGUCGUAAAUAUAGAUUUUAAAUUUAGCUAGUACGUGUGUUAUGUGGUAAGAGAAAAAAAAAAAAAAAACCGAACGCGAUCAAGGAAACACAUUUUGGGAGGUUGUAAUUUUUUCUUGCGUAUCGAUUUUAUAUCAUACGCCAAUGUCAGAUCUGUCCACAAAAUUAAUCCAUUGACGCGAAUUCUGUGUUGAUUAUAAAAAAAAAAAAAAAAAUUUAAAUCCAUUCCGACGAUUUUUGUAUUAUUUUAUAGGAAAAGACCAGUUUUGCUUUUUGAUCUUCAAAACACAACUUCUGUUAAUUUUAUUACUAAUAUUUCAAAAAUUAUCACUUAUUAAAAUUCAGUAUGUGAAUUUUAAGGGUAAGAAAAAGAAAUUUAGUCAAAAGAUCUUUAUAACUAAAAUAAGAUCUUUUACUAUAUAUGUAAAUUUGUAAAACAUUGAUUAAUUAAGAAGAUGUGAUUUGAAGAAUAAAUGAAAAAACUUUGCCUUAAAAUCGAAUAAGAAUAUAACCGUAUAUGUACAAAAAAAAAAGAAAUGAGACCACAGCUUGCGUCAAUGGAUUUAAAAAAAUUAAGAUAAAAAAAUAAAAGUACAUUACUAUAAUAAAAAUCCUAUUAUUACCGGUAUAUUAUUAAAUACAAUUAUAACCAAUUGUUGUCUACGAUAUAAUGUUAUUUUUCUAAUUCAUAUUCAAUUGUUAUUGUUGAGGACGAGCACACAUCGAAUUUUAGACGAACAAUACGAAUGCGAUCUACGCAAAAAAAAGCUCCUAACGUUAAAAUAUUUGAGCAUGCUUAUUUAAAAAAAAAAUAAAUAAAUAACCACCAAAAGAAAGUAAUGUCGACGGUAAUUUUCAAUAUUUUUUUUUGAAUUCACUAAUUAAUCGACGUCCUUUCAAAUUAAAAUUAACGAGUGAUUCCAGUGCCAAGAAUUUCACAGCUUUAUAUUUGGUAAAAAUGAUACAAAUUUUACAUUAUUUUAUUAAUUUUUAUUUCAUUUUUCUCAUGUAGAAAAAAUAGUAAAUUAUAAAAAAAAAGUGUAUUUUUUACCCAAUAUUCAGCUGGAUUGGAAAUAUACUUGUUCGAUGUAUUAAAUAAUUCAAGGGAUUGUUCAACAUUAUUAUUAUUAUUAUUAUUACGAAAUUGGUUAGAUGAAAAUGUAAUUUAUUAAUUGCAAUAUUGUGAAUCAACCCUUGAAUUUCUUUUAUAAUAAUAAUAUUUUCAUUUUCGUACGUUGCAGUAGAAAUGAGUGUAGAAAUGUUUGAAUAAAACAUAAAUAAGAAAUGUGAAAAAAAAAGAACGGAAGCGAAUUCUUAUUUGAGGUUGCGGACGCGUACUGUAUUUUUUGUAAGGUCCAUUUUGCCAGAUUGUGAUAAGCGAGUCCGCAGCUUCAUCGAAAAUCGACCUGUUUCUGGCUCAUUAUAGCUGGCUAUUUAUAACAAAGAAUGCAAAUUUUUUUUUAAACUCAAGAAUAAGUAAUGAUUACAAUAUAUAUCUGCAAAUAUUUAUUUCCUCCAAUUUUUUGUUUUCCAAAUCCACAAUUUUUCUUUAAAAAGAAAAUAUUUUUUUAUCUUAAAUUUGACAAAAUCAUUACUUAUUCCUGAAGGGCAAAAAAAAAAAAAAAAAAAAAAUUGGCGGCAAAGAUUUUUUUUGAAAAAUGUAACAUCGACUUUAAAAAGGAAUUGUGUAUGAUUAAAAAUUUUUCUAAUAUGCAAUACACAUUAUAUAAAUAAGGCUUUUUUGGCGAUCGUUUGGUAUAUAAAUUUUCCCAAGCAUGAAUAAUUAGCGUCUAUUUUUUCACUUUAAUAUUGGAUUCGUCUAACAACGAGAAUUCUGAAUGUGAUCGGGAAAAGAUGAGCGGAUUCCGGAAACAAUUGGAAAAAAAAAAAAAAAAAAAAAAAGAAAAAAUGUUUCAAUGGCCAAAUGCAUUCUCUUCCCCUCCGAGAGGUAAACCAAUAACUACUCCUCGAUUCGGUUGUACUUGUGUAACUCUGUCGAAAACACCAAAGCGCACUCCAAACUUUCACCAAACAACGCCUAUAAAUAAAAGCGCUCGAGUACUUUCAAAAAUGUUAUUCUAGUAAAUGCGGCGGCACACACACACACACACGAAUACAAAGGUGGAAUUGUUUGGAUUAACUGACCACUUGCUCUAUUCUAUACAUAUAUAUAUCAUUUUAAAGAUAUAUCCUUUUUCAAUUUUCUCUAUACUCAAAUGAUGAUCUAAAUGCCGCAUUUUUAAAAAAUUUCUAUUCAUUAUGAAAAAGGAAGUAAAAUUAAUUUCAAUUUUAUGUUCAUUUCAACAAUAUUCUUCUUUUCAUGUUAAAUAAAAUUAAACAAAUUUUUUUAUCUUCAAAUAUUAUAUAAAGACAUUUUUUCCAAAAUUUAAUUUUUUCAAAAAUAAAGAAAUCUGUAUAAAAUUCUAUCGAAAUGGAGCUGAAAAUUGAAGUUAUUUUACAUAUUGUUCCUCCAAUAUGAAAAAAAGUAUUUAAUCGAGAAAAAAAAAAACACACACACACAGUGGGAGUUAUGACGAUACAAACGAAAGUAGAAAUGUAUAUUGAUGUGAGACUAUCUGGUCCUGGUAAUUGUGAUGCCAAAGACAAGUCAUGCAGUAUAUGAUAAUGCCUAUGAUACUAAUAAAAAAUAUAUAUAAAAAAAAAAAAAAAAAACAGUGAUUUAAUCGAUGGCAAUGGUGAUGAUAACAAUCGUUAUUAUUAUCGUGUAACAUUUUUCGUAUAUAAGUGUCGUGCAAAAAAAAAAGGGCUGAAAUGGCCCUUCGGUGUUGUGGGUAUGCAUACUCGUUCCUAGCAACUCGUAUGAUAAUUACUACUCAUACUACUCAUAACAUUGCAUUGAUCUACUUUACUCUACUUACUCUAAAGAUAAAUAAAUGCAUUCUGUCCAACCUGAAAAA